AACAGACCUUUCAUCACUCAUUCGGCGCCAAACAGUUGUCCAUAGUAAAUCCAUAAGAGAAGAAGAAGAGGAAGAAAUGGUAGUAGUAUACUUCUUGUUGGAUCUAUGCAGCAUAUCGCCUCCAUUGCUUAGAGACCUAAAGCAGUGCUUGUUGCAGCUUGCUAAUUUGUAUGCGAUUUCAUCUCCUUCGUCGUCGCGGCAUCGAUCCGACUAUCUCAGAGACAGGAUCGGUUUGUGCUAUGUCUUCAAAAAUCGCAUUUCCUCAUCUCAUGAGUGUAAACAGGUUAAAAUCGCAUAUAGCCCUAGAGGUAAUUUCAGUCUCCGUGAUUUCCAUCACGCUGUUAACAGCUUGCCUGGAGAUGCCUUUUUGCCUGAAAUCGACGAUUCCCGAGCUCUACGGUCAGGCGUAGAUGUAAAAUUACCAACCGUUUUGAGUGAUCAAGUUCUUUACUCCUGGGGAGACAAAGAUUUUAUGAGGAAAGUGAUUGUUUUGAGCUCCUGCUUACCUGAGAAAAUAGACUCUGCCAUGAAAAAUACUCUCAUGGAUGCCGCGGACAAGUGUGUUUCAGUGGAGUUUGUGUUGUUUGAUCAAAGCGCAAGUCAUCUCAGCAAUACGCAGGAGAAUAUCAAUUGCUUCGCAAGAAGUUUAUCUGAUCUCGAUAAUUGCUCAUUUCAGACUUUUCUCCCUGAUAGCAGAGUAUUUCAUAGUCUGGUGAAACGAUGGCUACUGGAUUUAAAGGAUGACAUGGAGGAACCAUUGCAAGCUCGAUUCAUCUUUAAAAGCAACCUUAUAGGCUCUUUGAAUCACAUAAGCUGCAGCUUGUCAAUAUCUGUCAGUCAAAAUAUUGACGGUUUUGAUGCUUGUCAGACAUGCAGGUGUCACGGCAUUGUGUUAGAUAACGCAGCCAAGAAUAAAGUUGAGGGUCCUUCUUGUCCAAUUACUGGCCGUGAUCUGGGAACAACUGAUGUGAUUGAAAAUUCUGUGAGAGUUGGAGAUGAAACGAUCUUGUUUAUGCCCUCUUUUCAGAGCACAAUGAAACUCCAUCAAAUUCCUUCACCCAUUGAAUUCAACAUUAUUGAAAGAACUAAUUUGAGGUCUUUAAGUGAAGGUGUUAUAUUUGGAACCUCAUAUUUUGUAGCUCCAUCAGCUUGCAAUGAGAUAGAAACUUCUUCAAAAGAAAUGUAUCAAUCUGAAUUGAAUUAUCAACUUUUUCAAGGGAUGUGCAGUGCUUUACAUACAAUGGAUCAGGGUUUGGUAUGUUCUUCAUAUUAUAACGUAGAAACCAUAAGGAAGACAGAAUUCCACUGCUAUUAUAUUCUUCAGCCUUCAGACAAGGGACCAAAGGGACCAAUGCUUCUCAGGCGUCUUGCAGGUUUAGAGGAAGUCUUGCCUAUACCUGACAUCAAUCAAUUCAUUGAUUCUUCAGUGUCUAAGGAUAUUCACAAUUUCAUUCAAGCCUCUUUGUUAAAGAUUGAAUUGAAAGACUACAAUCCAGUCCAGCAUGAGAGAGGCUUCCAUCAAAAGCUGAACUUGCUUGUAAAGGAGAGCUUACAAUUUGGGUCAGUUCCACCUAAAAGGAAUGAGGCAACAUCUGAACUGUUCUCAAACCAACAAGAUUCUUCAGACGUGACUGUACAAUCAAAUUGUGUAAUAGAUGCUAUAGUCAUUGAAGGUGAAUCUCCUCAGUUGAAUCUUACAGUUAGAGAAGACAAAACCACUUCUUCUAUUGCAGAAGAAUGGGAACAGCUGAUUGUCAGUGAAGUCCCCAAGAUAUACUCUUCUUCUUGUAUUUCUAAACCUAAGACAGAUAUGUUACUUGUAUAUUUACCAGAAAGUAGUAAGCAGCUGGAUGUAAAAACUUCAAGGAUAUUAGAGAGACUGGAAGCGCCUAGAAAGCUGAAAACAAAGGUCACUUCUCCCAUUGUUACAAGCAGUAACCUCUCUGAAACAUGUUUGCCAACAAAAAGGCCUCUGAUCCCAUUCCAGCAGCCCCUUCAUGCAACAGAUCAUAGUUUGACUUUAAGCCAGUCAAUGAAAGCUAAAAAAGAAACUGAAAUGAGAAGAAGGCUGCCUUCCUGCGGAACAGGUAAUGUAAAUGAGUAAACAUUUACCGCGGUAGGAUGAAAACAUUUGGUUGUAUGAACUAUGCACGAGGUGGCAUGCCUGUGAAAAUAUAUUGUCAUGGAAGCUGAAACUGAGAGCAGCUCAUGUUCUUCUAUAAUUUCAAUUCAAUUUUUUUAAAUA